GUCAUUGCGUCACGGCGUUGUCCCCGGCGGAAGAUGGCGGGCGAGAAGCCGAAGGCGGAGGGUGGGCGCGUGAAGAUCGGCCACUACCGGCUGGGCGACACGCUGGGGGUCGGCACCUUCGGCAAGGUCAAGGUUGCCAUGCACGAGCUAACCCAGCACAAGGUGGCGGUGAAAAUCCUCAACCGCCAGAAGAUCCGCAGCCUGGACGUGGUUGGCAAAAUCCGCCGCGAGAUCCAGAACCUCAAACUCUUCAGACACCCGCACAUCAUCAAACUGUACCAAGUGAUCAGUACUCCGACGGACAUAUUCAUGGUGAUGGAAUACGUGUCUGGGGGAGAGCUGUUUGAUUACAUCUGCAAGAAUGGCAAGCUGGAUGAGAAGGAGAGCCGGCGGCUCUUCCAGCAGAUCAUCUCGGCCGUGGACUACUGCCACAGGCACAUGGUGGUCCACCGCGACCUGAAGCCAGAGAACGUGCUGCUGGACGCCCAGAUGAACGCCAAGAUCGCCGACUUCGGUCUCUCCAACAUGAUGUCGGACGGGGAGUUCCUGAGAACCAGCUGUGGCUCCCCCAACUACGCUGCACCUGAGGUCAUCUCUGGCAGGCUGUACGCGGGGCCAGAGGUGGACAUCUGGAGCUGUGGGGUGAUCCUGUACGCCCUGUUGUGCGGCACCCUCCCCUUCGACGACGACCACGUGCCCAUGCUCUUCAAGAAGAUCUGCGACGGCAUCUUCUACACGCCGCAGUACCUCAACCCGUCCGUCACUAGCCUCCUCAAGCACAUGCUGCGGGUCGACCCCAUGAAGAGGACCACCAUCAAGGACAUCCGGGAGCACGAGUGGUUCAAACAGGAGCUGCCCAAGUACCUGUUCCCGGAGGACCCAGCCUACAGCAGCAGCAUGAUUGAUGACGAGGCCCUGCGGGAGGUGUGUGAGAAGUUUGAGUGUGCCGAGGAGGAGGUGCUGAGCUGCCUGUACAGCCGCGUGCACCACGACCCGCUGGCCGUGGCCUACCACCUCAUCAUCGACAACCGCCGCAUCAUGCAGGAGGCCAAGGACUUCUACCUGGCCUCAAGCCCGCCCGACAGCGCCUCCUUCCUGGACGAGCAGUUGAUGGUCCGGGCCCAUCCCGAGCGCGUGCCCUUCCUGGUGCCCGACACCGCCGCCCGGCCCCGGCACACUCUCGACGAGCUCAACCCACAGAAGGGCAAGCACCCCGGCGUGCGGCGUGCCAAGUGGCAUCUGGGCAUUCGCUCACAGAGCCGGCCCAACGACAUCAUGGCAGAGGUGUGCCGCUCCAUGAAGCAGCUCGACUACCAGUGGAAGCUGGUGAACCCGUACCACGUGCGGGUGCGGAAGCUGAACACCAUGACGGGCUCCUUCUCCAAGAUGAGUCUGCAGCUUUACCAGGUGGACAGCAGGACCUACCUGGUGGACUUCCGCAGCAUCGACGCGGAGGAGUGCGCGGAGACUCGCUCGGGCAAUGCCACCCCACACCGCUGUGGCUCAAUCAGCAGCCAGGGCCGCCCCAGCCUGAAGGGCGAGUCGGACUCAGUGAGCAAGCCUGCGGACGGCCCCGUGCCGGGCGAGCUGCCGCUGCCGCUGUCUUUGCCGUUGCCGCCGCCGUCCCUCGAGCCGGCACCAGGGCCCGGCAGCCACGUCAUCGAGUUCUUCGAGAUGUGCGCCAACCUGAUCAAGCUGCUGGCCCGGUAGCCAACGGCCGUCCUCUCCUCCCGCGCCGCGGACCAACACACAAGCUUGCAGGCAGCUCGAUCCGCAACCCUCUGCUCCCCUCGUGCCGGGGAGGCUGGAGGGCGGUGGGAACAGGGCGGUGAGCCCCAGUAUUCUCCCUUCCCCACCCGCCCCACUCUCUGUGUCUGUGUCGCCCGCACUGGCUGGCUGGCUGGCUGCCGUCAAAUCCAUUGCUCUACUCUCAAGCCUUCCAUUCCAGCUAAGGCUGUGUCCCAGUGUUUGUGACCCCCCCCCCCCCCCCCCCCC